AUGAAUGAGGAGUUGAGUAGGGAGGUUUUUGAAGAGGAGGUUUGGAGGGCAUUUAAGCAAAUGCAGCUUUCAAAGGCGCCGGGGCCAGAUGGAUUUGUACCUUGCUUCUAUCAACAAUUCUGGAGUAUAGUGGGAGGAGACGUAGUUGCUGCUGUAAGGAGUUUUCUGAGGUCCAGGGAGGUAUUAAAGCAGAUUAAUGACACUUAUGUCACUUUGAUCCCCGAGGUGAAGGAACCGAAACAGAUGACUCCUUUAUAUUUUUUCAGGGUAGAUAAGCUGGAGUAUAUGGAGGUGAAGAAGAUUCUGGAGACCUAUGCUAGGGCAUCGGGACAACAAAUAUAUUUCCAAAAGAAUUGCUUCUCUUUUAGUCAAAACAUGCCCUUAUGUGUCCCGUAUGACCUUGCAGAUUGUUUGGGGGUUCAGUGGGUAGCAAAACACGACAAAUACCUAGGACUACCUACGGAGUUGAGUUACUCGAAGGAGGAGGCAUUCUGGUUCCUAACAGAAAGGGUUGAGAAGAGGACUUUAGGGUGGAGGGAUAAAACCCUAAGUGUAGCCGGCAAAGAAACACUAAUCAAAGCAGUCCUGCAAUCGAUCCCUAACUACUUAUGUCACGUUUUGAGCUCUCAAAGCACCUAUGCCAUGCAAUGCAUAAAGCUAUGGAUAGGUUUUGGUGGGGAGACAAGGAGAAUGAGAAGAAGAUACAUUGAAUGGCUUGGGAGAAGCUCUGUGUUCAUAAGUGAGAAGGCGAGUAUACUAAUGGGUAGAGAAGCGCUUGAGAAGGGAUUGAGGUACCAGAUUGGGGAUGAGAGUGAGGUGUCGGUGUGGGAUGAUCCCUGGUUCUCUCUUUCGUAUAAUUUCAAACCUUACUCACUUCCAAUGGUAGGGAUAGAGGACUUCAAGAUGGGCGAUUUGAUUGAUGCGGAGGAGAAAGAAUGGAUUUUACCUCUGCUGCAUGAAUUAUUCUCGGUUGAAGAGCACUAUGAGAAGAGAAGUGUAUACAGGGUUAAGAGUGGAUAUCACCUGGCACAGUCCACUGCUAAUCUAUCCUCACAAGCUUCUUCAUCAAACAGAGUAAGGAAGUUAGUAGGGAAGUUUUGGCACAAGGUGUGGAAGACUCGGGUACCCCCGAAGGUGCGAACCUUUGUAUGGAGACUCUGCAAAGAUGUCCUCCCUACUCGGGUUGCUCGAAUUCAAAGAAUUAAAAUAGCUAAUCUGGAGUGUGCAUUCUGCCAUAAUGGUGUGGAGAUGGCGCUGCAUCUCUUCAAGGACUGCCCUGUCAUGAGAUGCUUCUGGCUGCAUAGUCCUCUACAAUGGGUAGCACAGAAUUUCAAGCAGCAGACUUCGGGAAUUGGAUUGAUGCAGUUUUGGACAUGUUAG